AUGGGAAUUUCAUAUCUCACCAGGCAUCUACUGCCAUACGCCGAGACCGUAUCAUUCGGAUCAAACAAUAAUACCUCGCUCCCAGGCCCCUACCAGCAAAACGUCGUAAUUGAUGGUCCAAGCCUCGUGUACGAUGUCUACCAUCGCCUCCUCGCAAAUAUGCACCCGGGCUGCGACAUCCUGGACGUCCAGCCAACAUGUAAUGAGGUAAGCCGCGGCUUCGUGGCUUUCCUGUGUAAAUUGGAUAAAUUGGGCGUUGAAGUAAAAGGAAUCUGCUUCGACGGCGCUCUGCCCGUUUCAAAGCGGUCUACAAGACUCUCUCGCGUCGAAAAGUCCAGGAAAAAACUGGAGUUGUGUCGGAGGCAGGUUUUGAGCACAAAGACCCGGACUGAAUGUCGAAGGGAAAUGUCCUCGGAUGUUAUCUUUGCACAGAUAUGGAAUUCUGCUCGUAGUCUCCCUGCGCGGUGGAAAAAUCUGCCGGAGAAUCCGUUUAUGGUCUCGGCUGUUUUUGAAGAUCUUUUGAAUCGGUGGAGUAGGGAGGAGGUCUUAAGGGAAUUUGGAGUCCGGCUUGACGCUCGUCUUCCGGAUGAAUAUCCCUGGGCGAAUGUCACGGUCAUGGUUGCUGGGGAGGCGGAUAUUGAGUGUGCGCGCGUGGCGAGGAGUACCAACUCGGCUAUUUUAACGAGUGAUUCAGACCUUUUGGUUCAUGAUCUUGGAGUGGCGGGUUCGGUUGUGUUUCUCAAUUCGUUGCAGUUGACCGAAAGUACGGAGGGAUCAAACCAAGCAUCAAAUUUGAGUCUUUGUGGGCAGGGUAUUACUCCUCACGAUUUAUGCCGCCAUCUCGGAAUGCCUAAUAUUCAACGCUUUGCCUAUGAGCUUCUGACAGACCCGCACGCCCCGUUUUCGAAACUUCUGCGUCUGGCGAAAGAAUAUAAAUACGGGGACGAUGAGAAACGAUCCGUCGAAUAUUGCGAUUUUCUUCGUGAGUAUGAGUGUGGCUCUGGCCCUACGUUUAAUGCAGCGAGCAAAGGAGAGGAUGAAAAGCUUUUCACUCAGGGGAUGGAUCCCAGGGUCUCGGAAUUGUUCUGGCAAUUCGUUUCGCCAGAGACAUAUACCCAAGCUUCUCAAUUCCAUGUCUAUCUUGGGGUUCUCCACGAGGACUCCUCUCGGCGCUGCGCUUGGGAACAAUCUCGAUUCUAUCGCUCACUUGGCUAUGCUAUUCUCAAUCUCAGUCGCCGUGCAAUAGCAGCGCACGAGUCCGAACCCCAGGCUCAGACCGUGUACGAAUUUGUCCGGCGGGGAACGAGAAUUGUCGCGGAGCAGAUCACUCUCGCGGGCGAGAAGACUGUUUUUUCCGACCUAGAUUGUCUCCAAAGACGUCUGGAUCUAGCUCGGAGUACGUUUACUUUUGACGAUGCUUCAAAUUCAAAUUCUUCGUCAACUUUUUGGUUCUUGUUUGCGCUCGCGGAGGUUUAUCAUGAAUUAUCGAAUACAGCGACCCCGCCGACUGCCAAGCACUUGCAAGGGUUUCUGAGCAAGGGCUUUAUGGGAAAGGCCACGGAUUGGGGGGGAUAUUCACCUUCUAGCUCAGAUUCAGGCUGUUCUUUAUUCUCUUCGAAUGUUGCAGCAACUUCUUCAAAUCGCUGCGAAGACUUAUGA